CGUUUAUACAAGGAUGUAUUCCAAUGAAUGCUUGCCGCCUUUUAUUUUUUAUUUUUGCAACUUGUCAACUUGAAACAGAACUGACUGACGAACAACGGGCCGGGAAGAAUGAUAGGAUUACCCACAAUGCAUCAUUGAUCAAAUCACGCCCGCGAUUAUAGUAUUAUGGCCAGUGGUAAACAUCAUAAAUCAAGUGUUCUGCUGUUGUGUCAUUGGUAUUUCCUCCAAAUUUACUGCGUUUUCUCACGUYCAGUCUCUCUUUUAAGCCUGUUUGGCUUAAAAGUCUAUGAAGUACCAAUGUAAUCACAAAGUGUUGCAAUAUCUAUGACAAGCCAUGAGUACUAAGGCACCUCCCCCUUGUCCUCCACCGAGACCAGAUCUUGAAACUGACAGCUCAGUAUCUAAGGCUUCUUCAAGAACUGCUCCACCUCCAAUUCCUUUAAGACCAGACCUUGGAGAAGGAGUUGAUGAAAAUGUUGUCAAUAUCCCAAAAAUCCCUCCUCCAACUCUUCCAAAAAAGCCAAGUGUUAAAAAGAAACCAGGAAGACCAGAAAUUAGCAUUAUUUCCGCACAACCAAUGUCAUCGUCUGGUGCUUUUGUCCCUUUUGUCCCYAAGCCUCCAGCAAUUCCAGUAYCUUCUCAAACAGUCCCACAAUCAACUSUUAAAGAAACAGAACCAGAGCCUCUUGAACCACCUUCAGUUGAUGAUCCUGUAUUGGAGACUGAACUUUACCUGGAACCAACACCUGGUCAAUCAUCAGCUGUCUAUGAACACACUGUGAAAUCAGAAGCUCAAGCACCUUCAGCUUGUUCUUUUAGCACUGCAACUGAGCCAUUAAUGCCAGAUCCAGCUCCUUUUGUAACACCAGAAAAAUCAGCUUCUACAUCAUUUAUUGCUUCAUCUGCCCCUUCAACUUCUAAUACCAUCCCUAGCUCUUCUUUUUCUACUACAAUACCAUCUCCAGCACCAACUUCAAUACCAACUAGUACCAUGGCAACCUUGCAACCAACUAAACCAGCUCCUCAAAUCCCAGCAAAUGUCUUCAAAGAAAGUUCACCCCCAAAAGUAAUGAAAAGUAAUAAACCUAGAGAACCACCUCAGAGACCGAAGUCUAAGCCAGUAUGUGAACCUUCUCUAGCRACUGAUCCAUUCCAAGUAAGCUUUCAGAGCACUGAGGUAGUUGAAAAGCCUCAAGAACCUAUUGCACCAAAAAGAACAAAGAACAAACCAAAGAAACAGUUACAGGAAAGUGAAGUUAAAGGUUUAGGGAUUAACAAUUCUGCUUUCCAAGAGCUUGAAGCUAGUCAAGUUGACAGUAUGUUCAUGGCAGAUGUUGGAAUGAAAAAGGAGACUCCACCAUCAAAGAAGGKKAAAUCUUUUCCCACAGUAAUAAGGACAAAACCCAAUGGGAAGGAAAACCCUAAGAAUGAWACAAGUCCAAGUUAUCAGGAUGAUUUAGUGCAGUUAGAUAGUACUCAAGUUAGAUAUACAAAACCUACUGCUAUCAAAACUCCKUCCAGAAACARACCACCCCCACCUCCAUCCCAGAAAACAGGCCAAGACAGUGCCACAGGAAACCCAAGCCAAAUAUCUAGCACUCCUAUAUUAGAUUCCMAGCCACAGCAAGGUAAAGCCAAAGCCARACCAACAAUAAUAAUUCCAAAAGUUAAAAAGGAUGAGAACAAGCAAAAUGAAAGUGAAACUAUCACUUCUCCACCAGAGCUUWCUAAAACAGAAGUUGAAAGUAAGAGUAAUUUAGUGGAGGAAAAAUCAUCAAARCCAAAGAGAAAGCCUAAUAUCAUAAGACCAAACAGACAAAAAAAAGACAAAAGUACUGUUGACAACAACCAAACAAAUUCUAGGGGAAUGCCAGAAGGACAAAGCCAGGAGGGCGCACAGGCUAAACCAAAAAUUGUACCUAUUAGAAAAGCCCCCCCAAGACCAAGUCCCCCAAAACCUGGACCCCCAAGACCAGGUCCACCUAAAAAACAAAUAAAUGAGGCAUCUGCACCUCAAAUAAGAUCCCAACCAGCUGGUAAUGUUGCAACUGAGGUUAGCUACCCUGAGAAUAGCAACAAGGGUAAGUCUCCUCCCAGACCAGCAACAAUUGGUAAAGAAAAAGGAGCAGAGAACAAGCAAAAGAACAAUGAAUCUACAAUUGUUUCMUCUGUGGUUGAAACCAAGAUAGAGCCUUCUUGUAUUGCUUUGUAUGACUAUGAUUCUGCAAACCCAGAUGAUCUUUCUUUCAAGGCUGGUGAUGAAAUUUUCCUCAUUCAAAGAAUCAAUGCAGACUGGUACAUGGGACGUGUGGGUGAUUGUGAGGGCAUGAUGCCUGUCAAGUUUGUAGAGAUUAUUGAAGAUUUGCCUGUAGAAACAGAAAAAUCCAUGGCAAAGGUGUCUGUACAGUCUUCCUUACUAAAUGCUUUAGUUYUGUAUGAUUUUCCUGGUCAAUCACCAGAUGAACUCACCCUCCAUGCUGGAGACACUGUACUUCUUCUUGAAUUGAUAAAUGAUGACUGGCUAAAGGGAUCAUGUAAUGGACAAACUGGAAUUUUCCCAUCAAACUUUGUGGACKUUACUCAGGAAAUGAAACAAACACUCUCACAACAGAAGAAAAAUAUUAAAACUGGUCCAAAGAGUAUGACAGUUGUGUCAUCUGGACCACGAUGCAARGCUUUAUAUGAUUAUUGCACAGACAAUGAUGAUGAUUUGAACUUCAACAAAAAUGAUAUUAUUACGCUAACAGAGAGAAUCAAUGUUGAAUGGCUUAAAGGAGAAGUCCAUGGAGUUACUGGCAUGUUUCCUGCAGCAUAUGUAGAUAUAAUAGAGGAUUUAGUAGUAGUGCCCUCUUCUACUAGCAGCUCAUCAAGAGGUUCAUCAACGUCCAGCCAACCUGUUGCCAGAGCUCUCCAUGAUUACAUCAGUGAUACAGAUGGUGAUUUGUCAUUCAGAGAAGGAGACGUGAUUACAAUAGUAAACAUAAUCAGUGAUGAAUGGCUUGAGGGAGAGUUAMAUGGCGAAAAGGGAAUAUUUCCUGCUUCUUUUGUUGAAAAUAUUGGAAAAGAGAUGUCUAAGCCUCAAGAUCAACUAWUGCCUAAAGCAAAAGCCUUGUAUGAUUUUAUUGGGGAGUCUGAACAAGAAUURUCAUUCAAGACUGGUGAUGAGAUAUUACUUUUACAACAAAUUAAUAGCGAUUGGAUGGAGGGAGAAUUGCAUGGCCAUAUUGGACAGUUUCCUUCAGCUUUUGUAGAGGUCUUAGUCCCUUUACCAUGACAAGAUAUAAAUGAUGAUUAUUUAUUGAAUUUAAAAAAAUCAAUGAAUAUUCAGCAAAGAAAUUAUUGGCUACUGUAAAUGUUGGUUGAUACCAAAUGAUUACAGUGGUAUUGGAUAAUAAAAUAAAAAAAACAAAAGAGCAUUUUUAAAUAGCCCCUGCAUAGCUGGCGGUCAUGUGACGACACCUACCUCAAAUCAAUUAGCUAAUGACAAAAUGAUGCCCAGAAAUGAAAGGAACAGGUCAGAAUUAGUAAGAAGACAUACCGUAGUUUCAAGUCACUAAAUGCUUGAAAAAUGGUUGCAAACACCAGUAGAAAAUCAUUUUCUAAAGAAAUGUAUGCAAAAGAAUGAAUGCAAAAAUAGAACUGGAGAGUAAGGCUUGAUUUUACAUUUGCUGCCAUUCUUGAAGUAUUUAGAGUUAAGAUUUAAAACUUUGCCAUUUUAUCUGCAUCAACCUGCUCUUUACAUUUCUGGAUAUCAUGAAGUGUUUGAUUUAAGCUAGGUUUGGUCAUGUGAUCCCUAUUCAAGUUUAAGAUCAAAAUGCUCAGAAAAUGAURGUAAAAUGCGACAAAUACAUAUAAAUAACUUUUCUUACUACUUUUUUGUGGCAGUGGAAAUAGUUUCUUCACAACUUAUUGUGACUUAAUUAUUAUACUCUUAUUAUUUCACAAGAUUAAGAAUUCCUAAGGAAUUUUAUCAGCUCGGAUGUUGCUUAAUACUUUAGCGAGCUAUGUAAAAUUUAGUGUUAUUUUUUAUUUUAUUGCAAUUUUGUUAGAAUAUAUCGUGACCUUUUGUUGUUUUUUUCUGUUCAAUAUGGCAAAGAAAUGUUCAUGCAGUCAGGAAAACAAGCUUUAUUUUGGAAAUUGUGUUUUGACAAGCAUGUGUACAGCAGAACUUCAAAUGUAGAGCAUUAGGACGUAUCUAUAAAAGUUUAAUUAUGAUUGUAAACAUUGUUUUUUGGUUCAUUUGGUAAUGGAAGUUUCAUCUCUCUAUCUACGGAAUAUUUUAUUGCCAUAUGAUGAUCAGCUGACGUUUUAAAGAAAUUCUGUAUACAAAUUAUUUUACAUAUUUUAUAAUUCAAGAAUUUAUUAAUCAGUUAUACUUUCAGAUCUAAAGAAAGGAUUUAGAGAGAGAAGAGAAAUUUGUAAUAUAAAUCAAUCAUUAUUAUUUUUUUUGUAAAGAAAAUAUUUGUAGAUUUUAAACUAAGUGGUUUUCAAUAAGAAAAAAAAAAAUCACUUAAAUUUAUUAUUUUGAAUUGAAUAGCUGAUUUGCAAAUUUCACCUCAGUAGUCGAACACWCAAGAAUCAAGACAAGGUGUCAUGUGUAAACUCCAGUAAAUCGUUAAAAACUAUAAUUUUCUUUACACAAAUGACUAAGCGUUAUGUAUGGCAUGUAUCUCUCUUGAUGCCUUUGAGUGACUACUGUGGCAAAAACAUUUGCAAGUUGGCCAUUUCUUUUGUUUGGMUUUUGGGAUUCCUGUGGUAUUUUGUAUUUCCCACCUUGACACAGGCAACCCACUUUAUCUCCAAGCCAGUAAUACCUUUGCAAGUAUGCAACAUUUAACAUGUAAAGAACUCUAACAUAAUAAGGUAAAAUAAAAGAGUUCCAUUUUA